GGUCAAAGGUCUUUCCCUGGAGGUAGGAUAUGAGGGCCGAGCUUACCUGCCUUCACUCGCCUGAAAGCUGCUGCCAUGAAACUGAAGCUGCUCCUGCUUUGCCUCUUUUUAGCGGCGCUCUUCUGCAAAGCUGAGCCAAAGAAAAAGGACAAAAACGGUCAUGACAACGAGGAAGUCCACGGCCAACGCGGCAGACAUGGCAACCACGGCAGACAUGGCAACCACUCCAGACAUGGAAUGAAGAAGAUAAAGAGAAUGAAGUAUGAGGACAUCAUUAAAGACGUCUUUUUUGUGGCGGAGAACACUGGCGAUGAUGAAGAGGAUGAUGACCAAGGUAACCAGGACUGGCUGUUUGACCUCCAAGAUCCAGACGGCAAGUGCAACCCAAACCCUUGUUUGAAUGAAGGAGUGUGUAAAGAAAAAGGCAAAAGGAAUUACAAAUGUGAUUGUCCCAAGCCCUUCAAGGGAAGGAGAUGUCAGAAAGGACCGAAAAUUUGUAGAAUGGGUUUAUGUGGACAUGGAGAGUGUGUGCUGACCUCAGCGUCCCCGUUUUAUGAGUGCAAGUGCAAAGAGCCCUUCCAGCCUCCAAACUGCAGACGGCUCUCCGUUUGUGAGCCAAACCCCUGCAGGAACGGCGGCAAGUGCAUCAUGGAUGGAAACAACUUUGACUGUGUUUGUCCUGAGGGGUUCAGCGGACGUUUCUGCCGCGUUGGUCCAAAUGACUGCUACUUGGAUGAUGGGGAGUCGUAUCGUGGGAAUGUGAGUGAGACGGACGAUGGCGACGACUGCCUGCACUGGAACUCCCACUUCAUCCUGGCCCACGGCGUCAAUCCCUUCAAAUCCUUUGAGGACAAAGAUGGACUCGGACCUCAUAACUUCUGCAGGAACCCAGACGGAGAGCCAAAGCCGUGGUGUUUCUUCCGAAGAGGCCGCAGACUUUUGUGGGACUACUGCGACGUGACGCCGUGUCCUCAACCAACAACUGUGGGACCGACUGGUGUUCCUCCAAGUCCACAGCCCACAUCUGCCAAACCUCUGUUUACUACUUUGCCUCCACGACCUUCUGCUGGUCCCGCUUCCCCCACUGAAGCCGCAGCAUCACAGUUUCUCACCUGCGGCGUGCCUCAACCUAAAAAAGCAAUAACCCGAAUCUUUGGGGGUCUCAAAGUCUCGCCAGGGGCGAUUCCCUGGCAGGUUUCUUUGCAGCAAAAGCCGAAGAACUCGAACCUUCCAUACAGACACGUCUGUGGAGGAGUCCUCAUUAAAAGCUGUUGGGUUUUGACUGCAGGCCAUUGCAUAGAUAAAAGCAAAGACAUGCAGGUUCUCAUGGGAAGUCUCUCGUUGGAUAAAACUGAUCCUUCAGCUCAAACUCUUCCAGUGGAAAAUGCCAUAGUGCACCAGAGAUACAGAGAGACGUCAGGAGCCGUUUACAAUGACAUAGCCUUGUUGAGGUUGAGGGGGACUCGGGGACUCUGUGCCAAUGAGACCCAGUUUGUGAAGACAGCCUGUCUACCAGACGCACAACUUCCUGACGGGAUGGAGUGCACUAUUUCUGGAUGGGGAGCUACUGAAGAAUCUCAGUAUGGCUCUAGUCACUUGUUGGAGGCUAAUGUUCUUCUGAUCAACCAGGGGAAAUGCUCUGAACCUGCCAUCUAUGGCAGCAAGCUUGACAGCACCAUGUUCUGUGCUGGUCACCUGCAGGGAGGGGUGGACUCCUGCCAGGGCGACUCUGGAGGACCGCUGACGUGCAAAAACAACAACAGCAGCGUCAUCUAUGGACUGGUGAGCUGGGGAGACCAGUGUGGAAAGCAGAACAGCCCUGGGGUCUACACACGAGUUACUCACUAUUUGGACUGGAUCAAGUCAACGAUUCAAUCCAAUCCUUGAGCAAGCUUCCAUUUCUCAUCAUGGCUGCAUGUGGAGGCGUCAGGAGGAGGACGAGUACUUUUACUGUUGGAGUCUCUGAUAUUUUUGUUUAAAGGUCUAAAUCUAUCAGUGGAACAUCUUUGUUGUAGUACAUUUCAUUAGCUUGUUCCUGUCAAUGCUCCAUAAGUGCCUUAAUGUAAAUGCACACAAAACAAGAUUUACGCAUGAAACAAUACAGAUGUGAAGAAGGAAACGACUCAAUAAAGAAAACUACUCUAACUUA